AUGAAUUUGAAAGUUCUCUUUUUUUUUCUUUUUCUUAAUUUAAUGAUAAAGCAAAAUUAUUCAGAGGCGAAAUUAAUUAAAUUUAAAGUACCCACACCUUUUCAAUUGUACAUUGUGCAUUCGAACAUAUUGAAGGGGGGUAAUAAAUAUUUUUAUGUAAUAAAAAAAGAACAUAUAUCAAAAAAUAAAUUUAAUAUAAGAGAAAAUAAUGAUGAUGGAAACAUUGAACCAUUUAAAAAUAGGUCAUUAAAUAGUAAUAUAUUUCGAAAUAAAUACAAUUAUAUUCCAUCAAUGGAUGAAGUGAAGGAAGAUAUAGAAAAUUUUAAGAGAGACCAUUCUUUUUAUUUUACAGAACAUAGUAUACUUGAACUAAUAAACAUAGAAAAUAAUAUCAUAGUAUUAAAUAUUGAAGGAAAAUUUUUUGAAGAUAUUAAUGUAGUAUUUGCAGAAGUUACAAAAUAUUUAUUGAACAAACAUUUGGGUAUUUUAGGUGUUCAUCCGUAUAACAUAAAAGCGCUUAACAUAAAACAAAGUGAAACUUAA